AACAAAACUCGGCUAAACUGGCAGACAACAGAAGAAUUCGCUGAGCUACUGUUGAGCAGCUUGGGGCUGGCUCUUCUUCCCCGGCCUAUCCCUCAGAUUCAGAUCUAAAGAAUCUUCACAUCGGAAUUGGUUUCUCAUCACUUGUAGUUGGAUUACUAGUAUCAAGAAUGUUUCUUCAGAAGGCAUGGAGAACAGCUGCUUUUGGUGUAUUUGGAUAUCUCAAUUUUACAAAAUCAGGUUUCAUUGAACAUACUAAGAAGUUUAAAGAAGAUGAAAUGAAAAUACGAAUAGAUGGCAAGAAUUGUGUAGUUACUGGAGCUAAUUCAGGAAUCGGUUAUGCUGUUGCUGAGGCUCUUGCUUCUAGUGGGGGAAAUGUGUAUAUGGUGUGUCGAAAUAAAGAACGAGGAGAGGCUGCUGUUUCAAAAGUUCAAUCAGCCACUGGUAACCAAAAUGUGUACUUGGAGGUAUGUGAUCUUUCGUCUAUCAGUGAUAUCAAGUCAUGCGCAUCAAGAUUUCAUUCGAAGGAGCAACCUGUCCAUAUCUUGGUUAAUAAUGCUGGAUUAAUUGAUAAUAACCGAACUACUACACCAGAAGGACUGGAGAUGAACUUUGCCGUAAAUGUAGCAGGAACUUUUUGUAUAACAGAGUUGAUGUUGCCAUUGCUGGAGAAAGCGACACCUGAUGCUCGAGUAAUUACAGUGUCCUCUGGUGGGAUGUACACGUCCCCCUUAACGGUAGAUUUACAGUUCAGUGAAAGCAAGUUUGAUGGGGUGCUGCAAUAUGCUCGAAACAAGAGAGUUCAGGUGGCCUUGACUGAAAAGUGGGCAGAACUACAUAAAAACAAAGGAAUUGGAUUCUAUUCGAUGCAUCCUGGUUGGGCUGAGACACCAGGUGUCGCUCAAAGCUUACCUGAUUUUUCUGAAAGAAUGUCAGGGAAGCUCAGAACCAGUGAGGAGGGUGCAGACACAAUUGUUUGGUUAGCUUUGCAGCCGAAGGAAAAGUUGGUAUCUGGGUCUUUUUAUUUCGAUAGAGCUGAAGCUCCUAAGCACUUGCCCUUUGCUGGGACUAGUGGGUCCCAUGAUAUUAUUGACUCCAUCGUAGAUAGGCUCUACUCCUUGUGUGAUAUUUCUAAAUGAAUUUGAAUUAUGGUAAGAGAACAUGAAGUCCUCCUUGUUAAUUUUCUUGGAUCAUACUGUUAUUUUCAGUUCGUAUCAGUGUAAAGGAAGGGUUGUCUAGGUUUGUUGCAUAUUCACACACACACAGAGAUAUAUAUACAUAUCUUAUGGCACAUUGGUUGCAACAAUGUAAGAAAAGGCCGUACGACUGAAGUGGUCGCAGCUAUAUUCUCGCAUCCUUGUCAAAAUCAUAUUAUAGCAGUGGAGCUUACACUAUAUUCUAUUGUCUUUUGCUUAGACUGUGAAGACAUCUAUUUUGCAUUCCAUUACACUGUAAUAUAUCCUGUUAUAAG